AUGGGAGGAGGAGAUCCUAGUUCUAUUGCAGUCCAAUGUAAUGAGGACAACAAAGCUAUGGACAUAGAGCAUGAGGUUGCUGCUAAUGAGGGACAGCAGGCUAAUGAGGGACAACAGGCUAAGGAGGUACAGCAGGCUAACGAGGGACAGCAAGCUAAUGAGGGACAGCAGGCUACUCGCAAGGGAAAAAAGUCUUAUGUUUGGACGCAUUUUAAACAGCUUUCAUUUAGCGAGACCAAUGGAGAGCACAAGGCCAAAUGUAAUCACUGUCGAAAAGUAUAUCUAUGUCAUCCAACUAGACAUGACACAAAUUCUUUGAAUAAACAUUUGAAAAUUUCUCACAAGUGGAUAUUUACAAAAGCAGGCAAAAAUGGGACACUUCAUGGUUAUAUGCCUAAGGUUGGUGAAGAAGGUGAAGCCGGCAAAACUUUCAAAGUCAAUGGCUAUAGCGUGGAAGAUUGUAGGAAGGCAAUGGCUGAGUUUAUUAUCCUUGAUGAACACCCUUUUAACGUGGUCGAAGGGAUUGGGUUUCGCAAAAUGAUUAAUCGAUUUGAGCCAAGAUUCACUGUACCAUCCAGGAUGACAAUGUCAAGAGAUUGCUUUCAGCUUUAUUUAGAUGAGAAGAAAAAACUUAAAGCUUGGUUGGCAAAGUCAUGUGCUCGAGUUUGUUUGACAUCAGAUUGUUGGACAUCAAAUCAAAAUUUUAGCUACAUGAGCCUAACUGCACAUUUCGUUGAUGACGAAUGGAAGCUACAAAAGAGAAUUCUCAACUUUUGCUUGAUUGAGAACCACAAGGGAGAAACAAUAAGGAGAGAAAUUGAGACAUGUUUGAGAGAGUGGGGAAUUGAAAAGGUCUUCACAAUCACAUUAGACAAUGCAUAUUCAAAUGAUGGGGCUAUCACUUACCUUCAAAGAAAACUAGCUGCAAGGGGUGGAUUGGUGUGCGGAGGAAAAUAUUUGCAAAUGAGGUGUUGUGCUCAUAUUCUCAACUUGAUAGUGAAUGAAGGAAUUAAAGAGCAACAUGCCUCCAUUGAAAGCAUUCGGAAUGCUGUUAGGUAUGUUAGAUCUUCUCCCCAAAGAAUUAAAAAAUUUAAAGAAUGCAUUGAGGCUGAGUUGAUAGAGUCUAAAAGUCUUGUUUGUUUAGAUGUUCCAACUAGAUGGAAUUCCACCUAUCUAAUGUUGGAACAUGCUGAAAAAUUUGAAAAAGCUUUUGAUAGACUUUAUGAUCAAGAAACUGAUUUUUUUAGAUGGUUUGGAGAGGAUAGUGGGGGUAAAAAGAAAGUUGGUCCACCCACGGCACUUGAUUGGCAACAUGCUAGGCUAUUCAUUGAUUUUUUGAGAAUCUUCUAUGAGAUUACUUUGUGUUUCUCAUCUUCUUUACAUGUUACUUCAAACAAAUGCUUUCAUGAAAUUGCGUCUAUAAAUUCUCAACUAACAUCUUGGAGCCACAACAAUUCUGAAUUAUUGGGAACUUUGGCAUGCUCUAUGAAGGCUAAAUACGAUAAAUAUUGGGGACCAGUUGACAAGUUUAAUCCUUUGAUACUUGUUGCCGUUGUUUUAGAUCCUCGAUACAAACUUGAUUAUCUUUCUUGGUGUUUGGAGGAUGUAUAUGAUAAGGAAGUGGCUACUAGUAUGACUAGUUUUGUGAAAUUUACAUUGGAGACAUUGUACAAAUUUUAUUCAAAAGAAAUUGUAGAUGAUAAAGUUUUUGAUGAUGGUGUCAGUUCCUCUAGAGCUGUUUUGGAUGAUAAAGACAGUAGUCAAUUUAGUGCUAGGUGUGUUGCUGCAAAUAGAGUGAAUUUGUGGAAAAAACAAAAGAAGGAAAAAGCUAAUGCAGAUAGCAAAUCUGAUGUUGAGAAAUAUUUGGCCGAAGAUCCUGUGGACAUCGAAGAUGAGAAUUUUGAUAUAUUGGCUUGGUGGAAAUUAAAUGGAUCAAAAUAUAGAAUUCUGUCUCCCAUAACCCGUGAUGUCUUUGGUAUUCCAGUUUCAACUGUUGCAUCUGAAUCAUGCUUUAGUACCGGUGGGCGUGUGGUUGAUCUUUAUCGUAGCUCUUUGUCACCAAAAAUGGCAGAAGCUUUAAUCUGCACUCAAAGUUGGUUGUAUCCUUCUAAGCAGAUAUUUGAAGAACUUGAGAUUGAUCAAUUUGACAGUAGUGACAAGAUUGUUAAUGAUAAUGAUUCAGAUUGUGAAGAAGCUGGAACAAGCAAAGAGAAUCCCAAGUCUGUCCAAAAUGAAGAAUCUGCCAGUCCAGUUUUGUCUCGUCAGAAUGGAGGAGACAUUUCCAUUUUGUCUCCUGAGCCAGCAAGAGAAAUUGAAACAGUGAGAUCCACAGAAGCUCAUCAAAGCUCAACAUCUCAAAUGAAGCCUAGAGAAUGGAAGUCUAUGAGGGGUUAUCCUCAUGAGUUUAUCAUUGGAGAUCCCUCUCAAGGUGUGACAACAAGAUCCUCAACCAAAAGACAAUCCGAACCAAGCAAUCUUGCACUCUUGUCACAAAUGGAGCCCAACAAUGUCAAACAAGCUCUUGAAGAUCCAUCAUGGAUCAAAGCCAUGCAAGAAAAGCUUACUCAAUUCGAUAAGAAUGAGGUUUGGACACUAGUACCUCAUCCGGAUGUUUUGUCUCGUAGGAAUGGACGAGAUAAAAAUAAAAGCAUGUUGGAGAGGCUGUGA